AGUAUUAGACACCCGGACAAAAUUCCAUAGCGACGAGAAAGGGUAAAAAAAAGGUUUAGGCGGUAUAGCAUUGGUAGAACCCUAGCUAAAAGAAUAAAACACAAGGCCAUCGCUAAUUGUAUUGAAUUGAAUUGUGUGUUGUCUUGGCUGUGCAUCAAUGUCAAUCGACGAAAGCAGCAGCUUCUUAUACGAAACCCUAACCCCCCUCUCCACCGCCUCACCGCCGCCGCCGUCGUCGGAAGGCUACGCCGUGUUUCGCAACGAAAUAUCUCUAGACUCAAUCGUACCCUCCCUCGAUUCCAAAACAUCUACGACUGAUUACUUCUCUCUCGAUGUUGGUGAUGAUGACCGCGCUGCUUCUCCCCCGGUUGAGCCUGUUGUGACGCCGGCUCAAUCUCGUGAACCGGAACGCACGCUCGAGGGGAAUUGGUUUCGGUCCAGUUCUCGGUUUAAAAGCCCCAUGCUUCAGCUCCAUCAAGAGAUACUAGAUUUUUGCGAAUUCUUGUCGCCGACACCUGAGGAGGAAGCAUCACGUAGUGCUGCUGUGAAAUCUGUAUUUGAUGUUGUUAAAUAUAUUUGGCCCAGUUGUGAGGUCGAAGUUUUUGGGUCUUUCAAGACUGGGCUUUAUCUUCCAAGUAGCGAUAUUGAUGUAGUAAUUAUGGGAUCAGAUAUUAGAAGUCCUCAGUUGGGAUUAAUGGCUCUCUCCAAAGCCCUGUCACAACAAGGUGUAGCAAAGAAAAUACAGGUAAUUGCCAAGGCCCGAGUGCCAAUAAUUAAAUUUGUGGAAAAACGGAGUGGAAUUUCUUUUGACAUAAGUUUUGAUGUUCAUAAUGGACCAAAAGCUGCUGAGUUUAUACAGGGUGCUAUAUCCAAGUGGCCACCAUUAAGGCCAUUAUGUUUGAUCCUUAAAGUUUUUUUACAACAGAGAGAGCUGAAUGAGGUUUACUCUGGUGGAAUUGGCUCCUACGCUCUUCUUGCGAUGCUUAUAGCAAUGCUGCGGAGUGUCAACGAUUUCCAUGCGUUGCCUGAACAUAAUUUGGGAGUCCUUUUGGUGAGCUUUUUUGACAUAUACGGACGCAAAUUGAACAUUUCUGAUGUUGGUAUAUCCUGCAAUGGGGCAGAAGUAUUUUUCUUCAAGAGUAACAAAGGGUUUUUAAAUGAAGGACGGUCAUCUCUUAUAUCCAUUGAAGACCCACAGGCACCAGAGAAUGAUAUAGGGAAGAACUCCUUCAACUAUUUCCAGGUAAGAUCUGCCUUUGCGAUGGCCUUCUCGACAUUAACGAACUCAAAAACCAUCUUGGCUCUUGGGCCCAACAAGAGCAUUCUCGGCACCAUAAUCAGACCAGAUGCAGUACUAUUAGAACGAAAAGGAAAUGUGGAGGUUACAUUAAAUAAAUUGCUCCCUGGGGCAGGGGAUCAGUUGCAGCCAGAUGAUAAUGACCAGGAGGGUCUAGCUUUCAAUUGGCAAUUAGGUAAUGAAGAAGAACCACUUCCCCGAGGGAGUGGGGUUUCUGAGAAUGGUAGUAUGCAGUCAUCUGGAAAGAAGAGGAAGUCCUCUAAGGUGAAAAAGCUUGGCAAGAAGUUUAAAGAAAAUGACGUAGAGUUGAUGUUAUAUGAAGGAAGUGCCUCAAGAAAAGAGAAGAGUGUUAAGAAGAAGCGUUGGAGGCAUUUACGUAAUAGUGGUGAGAGGAACAGUAAUGGUGGAGAUUGGAGCCGUACAUGUUGAUCUUUUCACCAGUAUAGUUUAUUUUUCAAGCUUUCUGCUGCUUUGCCUCUUGCUUGGUAGCUUUGCGGGCUUUUGUUGUCAUUGGAGGACAUUGUAAGUUAUAUGGAAAUUGCUAGUCCUAAAAAUAUCAUUUACCUAGGAUGUCCGCACGGUGUACAUGGGGCCUGCAUCAUCCAUUAAAUUCACUGCUGAUUCAAGUUUAGUUGAGCAAAAUGUCAAAUGUAGUAAUGACUUGCUGCACCAGCUGCAAAUUUGAAGUUUUCUACUUUUUGACAUUCAUAUGUGCAGUUGAACGUGGUAUGUGCUUUUCAUCACCUAUUUGUAUUAAAAGAUUAUCAUAUUUUUCAAUAGCAAUAUAUGCAUUUUUUUUUAA